ACUCGUCAUGACCCUCAAGAACGACAACCCCAGCUUUGUGCUUCACGGCGUGUACAACACGCAGUUUGACGAGCGCCCCAUCCCCGAGCUCGAGGGUGACGAGGUCCUCGUAGCCAUUGCCAAGACGGGCAUCUGCGGCUCGGACGUCCACUACCUCCAGCACGGCAAGAUCGGACACUUUGUCGUUGAGGAGCCCAUGUGCCUCGGCCACGAGUCGGCCGGCACCAUCGUCAAGCUCGGCCCCAAGGUACCCGCUGAUGCUGGCGUCGCUGUCGGCGACCGUGUCGCCCUUGAGCCGGGACACGGCUGUCGUACCUGUGUGCAGUGCAAGGGCGGCCACUACGAGCUUUGCCCCAAGAUGACGUUUGCGGCCACCCCGCCCUUCAUCUACGGAACGCUGUGCCGCUACUUCAAGAUCCCCUUCGACUACGUCUACAAGCUGCCUGAGAACGUCACCUUCGAGGACGGUGCUCUCCUUGAGCCCCUCACCGUCUCCGUUCACGCUCUGUACAACCUCGGUGGUAUCCGUGGUAACGACACGGUUCUCAUCUUCGGCGCUGGCCCCGUCGGUCUCCUCUGCAUGGCAACGGCCAAGGCCCUCGGCGCGCGCCGUGUCAUCGCCGUCGACAUCCAGAAGGACAGGCUGGACUUUGCAAAGGAGUACGCCGCGAGCGACGUCUUCCUACCUCCUUCCAAGAACGAAGGCGAGGACAACGAGGCCUACUCUGAGCGCUUCGCCUCUGCCCUCCGCGCCGAGCUCAAGGUGCCCGCCUCCGGCCCUGGCUCGAUCGACCUCGUCGUCGACGCAACCGGCGCGCCAGUGUGCAUCGGCGCCGGACUGCACGCCCUCCGCCCCUCGGGCACGUUUGUCCAGGUUGGCAUGGGGCCCUCGACGGUCCCGAUCCCCAUGUUCAUCGUCGUCGCCAAGCAGCUCAAGAUCAUCGGCUCGUUCCGCUACGGCGAGGGCGACUACCAGACGGCGCUGAGCCUUGUCGAGCGCGGCCUCGUCGACCUCAAGCCCCUCGUUACGCACCGGUACAAGUUCGAGGACGCGCUCGACGCGUUCAAGCUCACCCAGGCGGGCAAGGAUGCCAACGGCAAGGCCGUUAUCAAGGUCAUCAUCGACGGCCCGCAGUAGGUGGAGGUGUAGGUAGUCGGCGGAGGGGGCUUUGGGUACUGGGAACUGUAAUAUGCAUGGCUAUGUUCUACUCUGACAA